AUGCAAACUAGAGAGGAACAAAAAAAUCUAUUGAGAUUGCCUCAAACCAUUGUAUUAGCAGAGACCAAAGCUCAUGAUCUAGCUCAAGAGCUAGGCACCAAGCUCCUUGCUGCCCGAGAUGGCAACAAAACAGCGCUCAUCGCUUUACAAAUUGCAAAGUCUAACCUUUACGAGGCUAAGGUAGGAUUAGUCGAGCAGCAACGACGAGCCCAUCUUCACACAGGUACUACAGAUCAGGCUUAUAACAAUCAGCAACAUAACAAAAAAAAGAACCUGCCACAGAAGAAAUACAGGACCUAUCACCGGCAUGUUUUGAAGUACAACUCACAACCACGACGUAGGCGCCGGGAUAUGUUAUGUGAUCCCACGUAUGAAGAGCUGUUGUCAAUGGCAGUGACAGACGGCUUCUGGGAUUUGGGUGGAUUGAGCCAUCCUGACGAAGAGUGGGCAUCAAAUGAUCACACGCGAGAGGGUAUCCAACUUUAUCUACUGUUGAGAGCAGCUAAAGAGGAAAUCAAACGUAUUGCUCGAGAGACUUGUCAACUUAUCUGGUGGGCGCUGGAAUACCAAGUGAAGAUUGAUGACGUCCGGCGCAAAUUAUUGUUGACAGAGGACUACUUCUUGCUUAUGGAUGAUGUGGGAUAUUGGGUUGGCAGACGUGCUGAGAUGGACAGCAGAGUUCUUUGA